CUUCAGUCACCACGAUGUGUAAUACAUUAAUAAAUGUUGAAAGUGAGAAGAAUAUACCUAUAGAGAUCGAACUUGAUGGCAUCAUCGACAUCAGUGACAGCGAAGAUGAAUUGCCACCAUCAGAAAGAAGAUUUAAUAGGUCUUUACCAGGUCAGAGGUGUGAUGAAAAUUGGAGCAAUCUUAAGGAGGAUUCCCCACUCAGUUCGACAAGGAAACGAAAGUGGGUUUCAGCCACUGGAUCAAGUGAACAAGGGAUUGAGGAAGAUAUUAUAAUGAAGAAAUUUAAUGCGCAUAAAGAUGAAAAUCCCAAGCGCUUCUCAUUGACGAUGUGCUCACGGAUUCCUAAUGCAUCUUUUGGAGGUCAACAUGUUGAAGAAAAUAAGAGCUCCACUGAAGGGGAAACACUUGACCAUUUGCAAACGAGUGGAAGUUUACAUGAGAAGGUAGGGAACACUUGUAUGGGUGACACAGAGAAUGUGCUGGAAGAUGUUCGUUCAAAUGGUGAAAGUGAGAAUUAUGGUGCACAUGUGGUGAAAGGCGAUUUACAUUUGGAUGAUAAUCAAAUUAAACUUAUCCAAGGUAAUCAAUCGAAUUGGAAAUUUGGGGCGGACAUGCUUUCUUCCUUCGAAGAGGAUCCUGAGAUUUCUAUGAAAGCUGUUUGUGCCCUUUGUCGACAGCAAACAUUGCAGGAAAAAUCUGAGCAAGAUCCACUGGGUUACAAUGCGAAGCGUGGGUUUGGCGCGUUUUAUGUAAUCAGUCCAUGUCUGCACUUCCUUUCGAAAAGUUAUUUGUUUGCUCUUUAUGUGUUCGUGUUUCAAGCUUCAUACUUUGGUGUGAGAAUCUUUUCCUAUCCGGCUGCACCAUUUCUUAUCUACUUGAGGUUGAACACGAUUGAUGGACCAGGGGAACUGAAAUAGCUGCUUUUCUCGCGGAUGGAGAUCAAGAGGGCGGCCUAAAGAAGUCCAUUGAGGAGUUGAAUCUGUGGGAUCGUAAAGCCCUUGAAGAACGCAAGAUGUUAGCUAGAAUCCAUUCAAAUCAGUUAUUCAGAAUAUAUAAAGCUAAAGAAGAUCCUUUCUUCCUUCCUAGUUCAGCAAAUUAGUUAUGUUGAAACAUCGGGUAAUACAAUGCUAUAAGACA